AGCUGCCCGCUCAAAGCAGGUUUAUUUUUUAUGGUGUCGCACCUUUUGACGAACGGCAGGCAGAUGCUUGACGUUUGAAUUAAGUAAAUCAUAAUCAUCUAUUAGCGUGUCGAGCAAGUGAGAUCAUCGACCAGCUUGAUGCCAUUGUUGGCCGUGAAAAUGCAGCCGCUACAAGCGCAAUGAGAAAGUCUCUGCGCCACACAAAUAAACGAAGUACUUAAAAGAAAACUGAAUGAGUCUUGUGAUGAUGCUGCAACUGUUAAUACUCAACGCGCUGCUAGCGCUGCAACUGCGCCCUUCUCUUGCCGAAACGAAGCACACGCUGACGUUGCCAAAUUUACCCACGGAUCAUCUCAUACGCUACCUCAACACGUUCCCCAAACUGAAAGGCCAGCUGCCCUCAAAUGCCACAACUCGGCUCGAAUCUCGCGCCUGCUGGGGCCACGAGCACAACUGCAGUCCUGAGGCACGCUUCCAAACCCCCAACUGUCCCGGCGAUCAUACUGGUUGGGUGCAGAGCAAGGAGGCGCAAGUGCAAACGUUCUAUUACCAAGCGGACUUUGGCUACAUUCAACAACAGCUUGACGAAUUGACGCCUCAGUGUAUGCCCAAAUAUCUAACGGAUUCAUCGUUGGAAUGCUCACGUUAUCUGCGCUUCUGUCGCGGCAGGAAUCUGCUCAUCGAUUUACGUGAUGUGCCCAAGCGCAAGGAGCGUAUACGCUAUCACAUGGAUGUUCUGAAACCAGGCCAGCUGCUUGGCCAUUGUGAAUUAAAUCGCACGCGUCUUAAUGCUGAAAUGGAUCACAUUGGUUCGGCAUUGCAGUCUUGGGGCCCGGAGCUGCGCAACUUUGAUAUGCUUCCGCAUCCGGUGCUGGAAAGCGGCGCCUGUGACCUGGUGGUGAAUGCGCCGACGUUCAUCAUGAAGAUCGAUGCCACCUACAAUAUGUAUCAUCAUUUCUGUGACUUCUUCAAUCUGUAUGCCUCACUCUUUGUCAACCAAUCUCAUCCUGCUGCCUUCAACACUGAUGUGCAGAUUUUGAUCUGGGAAACUUAUCCAUAUGAUUCGCCUUUUCGUGAUACAUUCAAGGCGUUCAGUCAGCGUCCGCUGUGGACGCUGAGUGAUGUGCAGGGCAAGCGGGUCUGCUUUAGGAAUGUUGUGUUACCGCUGCUGCCGCGCAUGAUCUUUGGUUUGUUCUACAAUACACCCAUUAUUCAGGGCUGUUCCAACAGCGGCUUGUUUCGCGCCUUCUCCGAGUUCAUAUUACAUCGCCUGCAGAUUCCCUAUCAGCCGCCACUGGCCAAGAGAAAGCUAAGGAUCACUUAUCUUUCACGUCGCACAAAAUACAGACAGGUGCUCAAUGAAGCUGAACUGCUGGCACAGCUAGAGGACAAUGAAGAUUAUCAAGUGCAACGUGUUUCCUAUGAGCGCCUCUCCUUCAGCGAUCAAUUGGCCAUUACCAGGAAUAGCGAUAUACUCAUUGGCAUGCAUGGCGCUGGCUUGACCCACUUGCUCUUUCUGCCGAAUUGGGCGUGCCUUUUUGAGUUGUAUAAUUGCGAGGAUCCCAAUUGCUACAAGGAUCUGGCGCGCUUGCGUGGUGUGCACUAUGUAACUUGGGAGCAAACAGAUUUGGUGUAUCCACAAGAUGAGGGACAUCAUCCUGAGGGCGGCGCUCAUGCCAAGUUUACAAAUUAUCGUUUUGACGCCCAGGAGUUUGGUCGUAUUGUGGCUCAAGCGGCAACACAAGUGCGUGCGCACAAAGAUUUUCCACAAGCAACGACGCCAACGUCACAGCAUGAUGAAUUUUAGUUAGGGUUUUAGCGCUUUGUGAUUUACCCAAUGCAUUUAUUUAUUUCAAAAACUAACCGACAGUAUCGACAUUUCAAUAUAUCGUUAAUCGAUAACAGUAUAAGAGCUAACCAUCGCAAGGUGGCAGCGCU